AUGGCGCCCCGACGUGGUGGCUCAAGCUAUGGCUCCUACUACGAUUCUAGCCCAUGGAGUGAGACGACUAUUCUAUCGCUAAACUAUGGCCUGUCUGGAUAUGGCUACAACAACGACUACUACAGGACCCUUUUCAUCACGCGUUUCGCCUUUGAUAUUCUCUCGCUCCUCGCGUUUGUUGUUUUCCUUAUCUGGGUAUGCACAAUUCGGAACCGCGGUCUACCGCUGAAGGGAAUAAUCUGGGCUCUCAUCUCGUUCAUCCUGUCUCAGAUAUGCAUCAUAGUCUGGGAAGCCCUUUCUAUCGCCAAUGCAAUCGUGACGAUGUACUACCUCAUCAUCUUUAUGCUGUCUGUUUUCUUCAAUCUUCUCGGAAUCUGCCUCACAUUCUACGUCUUCUGGAGUCUGCUCAACCGCAUGCUUGUCCGUCUCACGGACUCUGGUAAGCCUUAUAGAGCAGUGACCAUUGUGCACUGGAUCCUGCAGGGCUUCCUCGUGUUGCUUUCUCUUGCCGACUGGGCCAUGUAUGUUGCCUAUCUCGUUGAUGAUGUGACAAACUCCUAUACCCCCCUACUUGGGAUCAGCUGGGUCAGGUUGGAAUCUGCACUCUACAUCAUCUAUUUUCUGGCUUCCGUAGAGGUUCUCGCUGUGUCGAUAUUCGUGGUUGUCAAGGCUGGAAAUUAUCGCUUCGUGUCCAAGAUGCCUGCUAUUGCGCUGAUAAAUGGUGCCGUUGGGUGGUUCGCCAUCUCCCUCGCAUGGGCUGUUAUCUAUAUCCGCUAUUAUCUUGAGGUGAAAGUGUCCGCCCCGGUCUACCUAGGCACCGCCGAAGCUAUCAUCCAGUUCAUUUUCUGGGUCGCUACUUUCGUGGGAAUUCUGCUCUGCUGCUCCAAGUGGAGCAAGCUCGGUGAGGAGCCUGACAAGUAUGCUGCUCCGGCUCAGUAUCCAUACCCUCAAUACCCGCCUGCCCAGUACCCCCAGGGCCAAUACCCCCCGGUCAACAUCAAGCGCCGUACCCAGCUCCGGGACAGUAUCCUCCUCUCCAGCAACAGCCAUACGAAAAUGCUCCGUACCACGACUACUCAGCACACCAGACUCAGACUCAACAGCCUUCGACCCAGCAGCGAGAGGCGCCUUCGCCUC